GGAUCAACCGUUUUCCACUGGUGUUCAAAGUGUGGGCAUAGGGUCAUUCACAAGAAUGCUUGUUGAUCCACAUUAUGUCAAUGACCAUCUCUCACAGUUUAGGUCUCCGGCCUCAUCGCCUAAUGUUGGAACCUCGACAAGCACACAACCACAAGGCAUUCUUGAUUCUCUUGACCCAAACAAUGUUGAUGUAUUUGGCGAUGCAGAGAUGAAUGACACUGAUGAAGAUGAUGAUGAAGAGGUAAUUGAAGCUCGUGAUAAGGCAAUUAAAGGAAGCGCCCCCACUUCAGACUUCAAUGAAGUGGCGCAAGUUGAUCCUCGUUUGAAUAACUCAUGGAUGUCUUGGUUAGGAAAUGAGACAUAUAACAAUGGGGGAGAAUUUGAGGUUGGUCAGCAGUUUGACUCAUUGCAACAACUGAAAGAUGCUGUGAAAUCUUACUCCAUAGCUAGAAAUCAAACAAUUCGAAUUGUGGAGGCAGAGCCAGAGAAAUAUGUUGUUGAGUGCAAGAGGAAAGAACAAUGUAGUUGUUCGUGGAGGCUUAGAGGAGUGAAAGAUCCAACACUCUCUACAUUUAAAAUUGUGAGGUACAACGGCCCUCAUGCAAGUAACUGUGUUGGUGACAUCGACUCGGGAGAUCAUAAGCUACUGACUUCCGAGUUCGUUUGCAAUGCUCUUCUAGAUGUCAUUCGCGUUGAUCCUUCAUUGAAAAUCAAGACAAUGGUGCAACUUGUGAAAGAGAAAUUUGAUGGAUUCCAAAUAACCUACAAGAGAGCAUGGCUAGCGAAACAAAAGGCAAUAAAACUCAUUUAUGGGGAUUGGGAGGGUUCAUAUGAACAGUUGCCUAAGUACAUGCAAGCUCUCAAGGAAUCAAAUCCUGGAACUGUUGUUGAGUGGAGGUUGUUAGAGUGUACGGUUCCUGGAACACAUGUUUUUCAACGAGUCUUUUGGGCAUUCAAGCCAUGUAUUGAUGGAUUCCGUCACUGCAGACCCCUUAUCACCAUUGAUGGCACUCAUUUAUAUGGCAAAUACAAAGGCACUCUACUCAUUGCUAUGGGAACGGAUGCCAAUUUUCAACUAUUCCCCCUUGCUUUUGCGGUUGUCGAAGGAGAGAACAAUGAUAGUUGGUCUUGGUUCAUGGCUUGUAUUCGUGCUCGAGUUACAGAUAGGAAAGGGCUAUGUGUGAUAUCUGACAGACAUGCUGGUAUUUUAGCAGCAAUGGAAGAAGUUGGAAGUGGUUGGGAGGAGCCCAAUGCCUACCACAAGUACUGUACACGACACUUGGCUUCUAAUGUGAACUCAAAAUUUAAAAGUGUCGUCAUAAAGAACCUCUUUGGCAAAGCAGCUACUGCAAGGCAGAAGAAGAAGUUUGAUUACUACAUCAACAAAAUUGGUGACUUGAAUGUAGAGGCCCGUAGGUACUUGAUGGAAAUUCCGUACAGUAAGUGGUCCAUUCAUCAUGAUGGUGGUUUCAGGUUUGGUGUGAAGACUACAAACAUGUCGGAAGUUUUCAACGGAGUCUUAAAGGGGGCUCGAUGUCUCCCGAUAACCGCUUUAGUGCAAAUGACCUUUUUCCGGGUUAACUCCUAUUUUGCAACUAGAAGAAGUUGGAGUACUAGAAGACUUGAAGAGGGCCAUGAGUUAUCGGAAAAGGCUAAGAAGACAAUAGAAGCCAACAUGGAGAAAGCCACGCACCAUGAGGUUGUUGCUUUUGACUAUGAUGCCAUCGGGUUGUAUCAGGUUAGGACCGGUCGUGGAAGAAGAAAAGCUGGUAAAGGUGGUAACUCCCACACUGUGAAUCUGUUGAGCAAGACAUGUACUUGUGAGAAAUUGAGAAUAUACAAGCUCCCAUGCUCUCAUGUACUAGCAGUUUGUCGUCAUAGAAGCCUAUCACAUGCAGACUUUGUGGAUUCUUUUUUCAUGACCGCCGAAUAUAGGCGUUCAUACGCGAAGUGUUUCGCACCAGUUCCUGAUCCUUGCCACUGGUCAGCUUACAAUGGUCCUACUACUAUUGCCAACCCAGAUUUGAAAAGAGGCCCAGGCCGACGGUCCACUGGAAUUCGAAAUGAAAUGGAUGAGCGUCCCAAUCGUGUGAAGAAGGCAUGCAGUGUUUGUCGGCGACCUGGGCAUAACAAGAAGACAUGUCCUACUCUUAUUGGUGGAUUUGGAUCAUCUGGGUCCCAUGGAGCCGGUGAUUCGUCCAGGCCCAGUUGAUCCAUCUGUUCUACGCUUGCAGACUUCCCAUAGGAGCCACGAUGUUUGGAGUGGCGUAGCUGAUAGAGUUCUCUCAGUUAGGGAGCAUAUGGUCAGCGUGGGACGUGAGUGGAGGGUAGAUGGCGGAGUACUAGAGUACGUUAGGCUUGCUGGGUUUUACGGUGUACAUAGGAUUUUGGGAGGAGGGUUUUUGCUUGAUCGAUCUCUUCUUACGGCGUUGGUUGACCUAGUUGAGGAGUUGCUGGGAGUUCGACCUGGCCAUGAUGAUAACGGUAAGCCGUUUCUGGAGGGAUCUACUUUGAAGUUGACGUGGCUCAGACGUCACUUCUCACAGAUGCCAGAGGGAGCUGAUGACUUGACAGUU